GGCAGGCGCCCCGCCUUCUUCCGAGAGCCCCGAAAACAAUUUUAAGAUGGCGGCGGCAGCGGCGCGGAAAACAAUGGGGUCGGGGCGGCGGGGACAGGCCGCGGCCUGAGGUGGGCAGCGAGCGGCGGUCUGGGGUCGGGCCGAGCGGGCAAGGAGGAAGGUCCGCCGCCGCGCGCGAGCCCCGCUCCGCCGCCCGCGGGGGCAUGGCGCGGCCGUGAAGCGGACAGGGGCCGCGGCGGGGAGCGCAGCGCGCAGUGCCAGCCGGCCCCGAGAGGCCGGGCCCCGGGCCCGGUCCGAGCAGCCCGCGGCCCAUGGUGCUGCCCACCUGCCCCAUGGCGGAGUUCGCGCUGCCACGGCACAGCGCGGUCAUGGAGCGCCUCCGCCGGCGCAUCGAGCUCUGCCGGCGCCACCACAGCACCUGCGAGGCCCGCUACGAGGCCGUGUCGCCCGAGCGCCUGGAGCUCGAGCGCCAGCACACCUUCGCCCUGCACCAGCGCUGCAUCCAGGCCAAGGCCAAGCGCGCCGGCAAGCACCGGCAGCAGCCGCCCGCCGCGGCCCCGGCGCCCGCCCCGGCCCCGGCGCCUCCGCCCGCCCCGGCCGCGCGCCUGGACUCCGCCGACGGCUCGGAGCUCGGCCGCCCGGCUGCGCAUCUCCAUGACACGGUGAAGAGGAACCUUGACAGCGCCGCCUCCCCACAGAACGGAGACCAGCAGAACGGUUAUGGAGAUCUUUUUCCCGGGCACAAGAAGACCCGCCGGGAGGUCCCCCUGGGCGUUGCCGUCUCUGCCAACGGACUGCCCCCCUCCUCCCCUCUGGGCCAGCCUGACAAACCCCCUGGAGGUGAUGCUGUGCCAGCCAGCGGGAAGCACUCCAUGGGGCUGGACUCCAUCAACAAGAAGUGUUUGGCUGACACGAGCCUCCACCUAAACGGAGGCAGCAACCCCAGCGAGGCAUUUGCUCUAAGCCUGGGAAAAGAGCUGAAGCAGGAACCUGUAGACGAUCUGCCCUGCAUGAUCUCUGGGACCGGGGGCGCCAUAUCACAGAACAACCUCAUGCCUGACCUCAACCUCAACGAGCAGGAAUGGAAGGAGCUGAUCGAGGAGCUCAACAGGUCUGUGCCCGACGAGGACAUGAAGGACCUGUUCAAUGAGGACUUCGAGGAGAAGAAGGACCCGGAGUCUUCCGCUUCUGCCACUCAGGCUGCCCUGGCCCAGGACAUCAACAUUAAGACGGAAUUCUCGUCGGCACCCUUCGAGGAGGAAGAGCUAGGCUCUCAGCAAGUGAGGUCCGGGUCUGCAGGACAGACCUUCCUGGGGCCUUCGUCUGCCCCCGUGAGCACAGAUACCUCCAGCCUCGGAGGCUCCCAGACUCUGUUCCACACCUCUGGGCAGCCCGGGACAGACAACCCCAGCCCAAACCUGAUGCCAGCAUCAGCCCAGGCCCAGAAUGCACAGAGGGCCCUGGCAAGCGUGGUGUUACCUGGCCAGGGGCCAGGAGGGGCCUCAGAGCUGUCAUCUGCUCAUCAGCUCCAGCAGAUCGCUGCUAAACAGAAGCGGGAACAGAUGCUCCCGAACCCACAACAGGCCACUCAGGCUCCAGCCCCAGGCCAGAUGUCCACGUGGCCACAGGCAGGGCCUUCCCACAGUCCUUUAGAUGUUGCUUAUCCCAUGGAGAAGCCCGCCAGCCCUCCCAGCUAUAAGCAAGACUUCCCUAACCCCAAACUGCUCAUGAUGAGCAAGAGCUCCCCGCGGCCCGGAGGCCCCUAUCUGCAGCCCAACCACGUAAGCCUGCUGAGUCACCAGCCGCCAAACGGCUUGAAUCAGAACUCAGUGCCUAGCCAGGGCUCGGUGCUGGACUAUGGCAACACGAAGCCCCUCUCUCACUACAAGGCAGACUGCGGGCAGGGCGGGCCCGGCUGCAGCCAGAGCAAGCCAGGCCUCAUGGCUUACCUUCCCCAGCAGAUGCCGCCUCUGAGUAAUGAGCAGAAUCCUUUGUUUAUGAUGAAACCAAAGCCAGGAAAUAUGCCCUUCCGAUCUAUGGUUCCACCCGGCCAGGAGCAGAACUCCUCCAGCGUCCCUGUGCCGGCCCAGGCCCCCAGCGUCGGGAGCCAGCAGCCUGCCGUGUCUGUGGCCAGCACCCACAGCAGCUCCCAGUACCUCGGCAGCCAGCAGGCCGCUGUCCUGAAGCAGCAUCAGCUGCUUUUGGACCAGCAGAAGCAUCUGCAGCAGCAGCAGCAGCAGUUCCUACAAAGGCAGCAGCAUCUCCUGGCAGAGCAAGAAAAGCAGCAGUUUCAGCGCCAUCUGACCCGCCCGCCACCCCAGUACCAGGACCCAAACCAGAGCCCUUUCCCACAGCAAGUUGGACAGUUCACAGGGUCCUCCGUGGCCACGCCGGGCAUGAGCAACCUGGGUCCGUCCAGCUCUCGCUGCCCUCGAGUGUUCCCGCAGGCUGGGAAUCUGAUGCCAAUGGGUGCUGGACACACCUCCGUGUCCUCUCUCCCCUCCAGCCAAGGCCAGCAGGAGCGAGGGGUGGCCCCCUUCGCCAGCUCGCAGGGCAUGCCUCCCAGCAGUCUGUAUGGCGUGGCCUCUGGCAUCACACCGAUUGUCACCCCAGCCCCGCCCCAGGCCUCCAACGGCCACAGCCACAUGGCCCGGCAGACAGCCAUCGGCCCGAGUGCCUCCGUGUCAGCUGCCUAUGGACCGAACUCUCUGGGCAGCUCUGGCCUCUCACAGCAGCACGGUAAGGGAAGCCUGAACUCUGGCUUAAGCAAGCCUCAGGUCCCCCGGGUGUCGGCAGCCAUGGGAGGCCAGAAUGCCUCGUGGCAGCAUCAGGGAAUGCCGAGCCUGAGCAGCCAGAGCCCAGCCAACAGCACGGUUGGCCCCUUCCCGGCGGCCUCCAGUUUCCAUAUGCAGCAGGCCCACCUGAAGAUGUCCAGCCCGCAGUUCUCCCAGGCGAUGGCCAACAGGCCUGCAGCCCCCAUGAACUCCACAGCGGCCACGGGCGCCAUUCUGCCAGCUGUGAGUGCGCAGCCCAGGACCAGUGCCGCCGCCGCCCCACCACCAGCGGCCCAGCAGCAGGCCAUGCCAGGCCUGAGCCCUGCCGCGCCUGAGCUCGGGGGCUUCAGCCAGAGCCCCGCCUCCCAGAUGGGCGGCCGGGCAAGCCUGCACUGCACCCAGACCUACCCCAUGCGGACUGCAGGCCAGGAGCUGCCCUUUGCCUACAGCGGACAGCCAGGUGGCAAUGGGCUGUCCAGUGUGGCUGGACACACUGACCUCAUCGACUCCCUGCUGAAGAAUAGGACUUCAGAGGAGUGGAUGAAUGAUUUGGAUGACCUUUUAGGGGCUCAGUAGGGAGAGAUUGGUUAUGUUUUUAAGAUCUAUAUCCUAUAUUUUUGUUCUCAGAUUUAAGAAAGAGCAACUACUUUGGACCAAAAGUGCAUGGCCCAGGAUGCUGGGCAGGAAGAACC